GCUUGCUUGGCCCGCCCGUCGCCCUCUUCUUUCUUCCUCCCUGCAUCUUCCUUCGUCUGUUCUGCUGCCAGACGAAAACCCUAGCCGCCGCCGCCGCCGCCGCAGAUCAUCUUGAGAUGGGUGGCAAGUGCCCGCACCGCAAGGUCAAGAAGCGCCGCCUCUCUCACAAGACGGCGCGUCGUGGCAAGUUCCUCCUCAAGGCCGACGAUGCCGUCUACGAGGAGCUCGUCAAGCUGGCCGACCAGGGGAAGGAUGCCCAAGCCAAGGAGCUCCCCGUAGACGAGGACCUUCCCGGCAUGGGACAGUUCUACUGCCUCCACUGCGAUCGUUACUUUGCAAGCGAGAGCGUGAAGGAUGAGCACUACCGGUCAAAGCGCCACAAGAAAAGGGUGAAGGUAAUGUCAGGACCAGCUCCACACACGCAACUUGACGCGGAACUUGCUGCUGGAAUGGGAAUGCCUGACAAUGGACUGAAGCUCAUGUCCAUGUGAAGGAACAAGGAACCUCUUGUUAGUACUUGUACCGUGUUUUUCUUGCUGUCAUACAUCUGAAGCUGCUUUGCUCGGUAGCUAAUGGAGUUAGUAGAUGGUGUUUAAUGUCCAAGACUUGUUCUAAGAGAGGCUUCAUCAGGAUGAGAGGGUUUUUGGGAGGGUCAGCGGCGGUUAAUGCCUGUAUCAUGAAAUCAGUUUCAUGAUAAUGUCUUGUAUCGUUUGGCUGCAGAUUGUGUGUUGUCUAUGAAAUAGAAGUUGGCUUUUACAGGCUAUUUGGUUUGACGAACUCAAACUUUACAAGGUGUCGAGGUACCCUUAGCACACAGUGUGGUAGGGUUACUAGUUAGGUAACCUUGGUUAUUCCAUGUGUGUAAUGAAUGGUGGUACCAUGAGUCAGACAGACGCUAGAGGUGGUACCAGGAACAGCAGCACUUGUCAGCUUCCAUUCCCUGUGAAGAUUUCCUAGAUCCAUUUGAUUCUCUC